AUGUAUGCUGGCCCGUCUGGCUUUGGCCACCUCCAUAACCACUUCCAAUUUCAAUCGCCCGCCGACAUUGAUGGAAACAGCCUCAAGAAGAAGCUGGACACAACUCGACCGUUCGGAAGAUCACCACCCCAAUUACUACCCAGCGCAUGGAUGAGCGAGCUUAUCUCUUGUGGUAUUCCAGGCUCUUCUACAGGGUUGACCGAGACACCAGUUCAUUCUUCUAUUUCUCACCCAAGCGCCCCUUUCCCCCAUCGAGAUAGAUCACCAAAUGGCAUCUUUGAUGUCGACUACUCACUCCCAACACGAUUAAAAAGGAAUAAUAGUGAUGAUGCUUAUAUGCCUGGCGGUCAAAAGAGAAGGGCAGCCAGUCCAAAUGACGGUCACCCUACCAUGCCAUCAGACAUGUCUCAUCGACGUGAGAUGAACUCCCGCGGAUCCCCUCAAGGUCGCUUCACAAGCCUCCCUCGAGGUUCCACUAUGCCUUUCGUACCAACAUCACGGAACAACUCACAUUUCUCGACAAUGUCCAUGCCGAUGCACCCAGCUAGCAUCACUACUGCCACCUAUUUCGGCCGACGCUCACCAGUGGGGUCAUCCCUAGGCGGCAUCUCAUCAACCUCUCUCAACCCCAGCCCUCGAACCUCUAUUUCUAGACGGGGAUCAAUCCACUCCAGUACUGCCUCGGGUGCAAGCACAUUUGGAAUCACGGAAGUGCAGCAACCCGGGGCCCAAGAGGUUCGAGUCGCUCGAGAACUCAAUGCUCACGAGGCUGAAAAGCAAUACAAGUGUUCAUUCUGCGGCAACCGCUUCAAGAAUAAGAACGAGGCAGAGCGCCAUCAAAACUCCAUUCAUGUGCGCCGUCAUUCGUGGUCAUGCUCAGCUCUCUCCGGAUACUAUAGGGCCUUUCACGAUUCUACUAACAGACCUGGCGAAGCUGACACCUGUGGCUAUUGCGGCGAUGAAUUUAUACGCUCUGGUCGCGGCCCUGGUACGGGUGUCUUUAACGGUGGUAAUGCGCCUUGGCACGCCACGGACCGGGACUGGGAUGGCCGCAUCAGGCAUCUGCGGGAGGUUCACAAUUUCGGAGACUGCAAGUCGUCCAAAAAGUUCUUCAGAGCGGAUCACUUCAGACAGCAUCUCAUGCACAGCCACGCGAGCACAAGUGGAGAGUGGACCAACAUGUUGGGGAAGGCCUGCAUGCUUGAGGAAGACCCAACACCUCGGUAA